UCUCUCUCUCUCUCUCUCUCUCUCUCUCUCUCUCUGUGUAUUUGUUGGAUCGAUUUUGUUUGGAGGGGAGGAGGCAGUAAGGUGAGGACGCUGGAACAUGUGUUGAAGAUGAGUCUCUCUGACUCUAGGCUAUGUAUGUGUGUGUUAUAUCGGUUUUUUUUUUUUGAAGGAAUGGAAGCCAACAACUCCGGGCUCACUCGAACCCGGUCGGAGCAGCUACAGGUGCUGGACCGUAAAUCCAUCAGCAAAUCAUCGUCCACUGAGCAGGACAAAGACAACAAUGCAGGGAGCCGGAAGUCGAGCUUUGGCCGUAAAAUGACUGCAUCACCAAGCCGACGUUCGCACAUACGCAAGUCUCGCAGUGUGCAGCUGAAGCUCGACACCGACGAAUUCACUUCCCAAAUUGGUGGGGGGCUCAUUGAAGAGUCUUCGACUGCUCUGAGUCGAGCUUCGAGCGCGAGCCUCGGCUUCUCGUUCUCUCUCGCUGGCUUUGCCAUGCCGCCCGACGACAUGGCCGAUCUCGGUGGCCUCCUCAACGAAGUCGACAAUAAUUUGCAAUAUGGAGAGACGAUGAAGUUGGAGGGCGACGUCGAAAUGGGGAAGCGUAAGCCAGCUUUGAUGGAGCCAACUCUGCCUAUUUUUCUCAAGUUUUCAGAUGUAAGAUACAAGGUAGUAUUGAAAGGAAGGAGGGCAUCAAUGGAGAAAGAGAUAUUGAAUGGGAUUAGUGGGUGUGUGGAUCCAGGGGAAGUAUUGGCACUAAUGGGACCUUCAGGUAGUGGGAAGACAACCCUACUUAAUGUCUUAAGUGGGAGAGUAAAGAACACAACACUAGGAGGAGGAACCAUCACAUACAAUGAACAUCCUUACUCUAAAACAUUCAAAAGAAGGUAACAUAUCCUACACUUCCAC